GCGAUCUAGUCGCGCUUCCACGAUACGUCCGAAACGUUAGUCGCUACUGUCUACAAGUUGCACAGAUUUUUUAUGCAUGAGAUGUAACAUGGUGGUCUUUUAUUGCAGCGUUGCGGUGCGUCAUGGAGGACGAUGUGACGUUCCUGUUCCAGCUGGGCGUGGUGCGGGACGCGGUGGCGGCGCCGGCGCACCUACUCACGCUCGCCCACCUCAAGGAUCUCGCCGUCAAAUUCGUUCACGAUAAGAUACCAGACAACGGCCUGAACCGGCUGUCGGACAGGAUCCUUCUAUUCCGGCACGACUACUGCUCGCCCAACGUACUGCAGCUCAUUAACUCCGCGUCUGACGUCACUGACGAGACCCUCGUCGAGAUCGUGCUCACUGCCAACCGUGAGUAUGGAUCGUUGCUGUGCGAUGGCGGCGCAGAAGUUGCGCCUGCGCCGCGUCCUCACGCACUCUCCGUACAUUCUUACAAGGCACCUACUUUCUGCGAUUUCUGCGGCGAAAUGCUCUUCGGUUUAGUGAGACAGGGACUUAAAUGUGAAGGCUGCGGUUUAAAUUACCACAAGCGUUGCGCUGUGAAGGUGCCGUCUAACUGCACGUGCCCGGUGACGCCGGGCGCGGGCAGCGUGAGCAGCGCGGGCGCGCGCCGCGUGUCGGGCGGCCGCAGCCCCUCGCGCGGCUCCACGCACAGCCACGCCUCGCACGACGACUCCUUGUUGGGCAAAACUUCGCGGUCGCCGUCGCGCGCGGGCUCCGUCGGGGGCUGGAGCGGGGGCGGGGGCGGGGGCGCGGCCAUCCCGCACACGUUCGAGGUGCACUCGUACACGCGGCCCACCGUGUGCCGCCACUGCAAGAAGCUGCUCCGCGGCCUGUUCAAGCAGGGCCUGCAGUGCAAGGACUGCCACUACAACGCGCACCGCAAGUGCAUCCCUUUCAUACCCAAGGACUGCGGCGGCGAGAUUCGCGACCAGCACAGUGAGUCACGUCAGACUAAUCUACAUAUCUUCAACACAGGCGAGUACCAGGACAGCAGCACGGGCAGCGAGCUGUCGGAGUCGGCGCGGCUGCCCGACGAGGAGUCGGAUGACGGCGGGAACGAGGCCGCCGAGAGCGCGGCCGGGGAUGACGGGGAGGUGGAGCUCCGGCGCCGGCCCGACGAGCCGCAGCGCGACAGUCUGCCGGACCGGUCCGCCAGCCGCCCCAGCAGCGCCAACAUACCACUCAUGCGCAUCGUGCAGUCCGUCAAACACACCAAGAAGAGGGACGGACAGUGGCUCAAAGAGGGCUGGCUUGUGCAUUUCACUAACAAGGACAAAACGCUGAAGCGUCACUACUGGCGUCUGGACAGCAAAUCGAUCACAUUGUUCACAUCGGAACAAGGCAGCAAAUACUACAAGGAGAUCCCACUCAACGAGAUCUUGGCUAUCGACACCGCGAGGCAACCGCAUCCCGGGACAGACGUGAUGCACUGCUUCGAGGUGCGCACGGCGAACGUGGACUACCUGGUGGGCGUGGAGGAGGCGUGGGCCGGCGCGGCGCCGCCGCCGCCCGACUCGGGGCUCGGCGCCUACCUCGCGCGCUCCUGGGAGACUGCCAUCAGGCACGCGCUGCUGCCCGUCACGCACCACUCCGCCGAAGCCCGGGGAUGCGCGUUGGCCGAGGCGGAGGGUGAAGGCAGCACGGAAGAGCGAGUCACCGACAUGGCGCAGCUGUACCAGAUCUACCCGGACGAAGUCCUAGGCUCGGGACAGUUUGGUAUCGUCUACGGGGGCCUACACCGGCGCUCCAAGAGACCCGUCGCCAUCAAGGUGAUAGACAAGCUCCGGUUUCCUACGAAACAAGAAGCUCAGUUGAAGAACGAGGUGGCCAUCCUACAGAAUCUAUCACACCCUGGUGUCGUCAACUUGGAGCGUAUGUUCGAGACACCCGAGCGGAUCUUUGUAGUGAUGGAGAAGUUAAAGGGAGACAUGCUUGAGAUGAUCCUGUCACAUGAGAACGGAAGGCUCACGGAAAGAAUCACUAAAUUCUUGGUGGCACAGAUUUUGGUAGCUCUGAAACACUUGCACGAGAAAAACAUCGUGCACUGCGACCUCAAGCCGGAGAAUGUGCUGCUGUCCACAGAUGAAGAGUUCCCCCAAGUGAAACUCUGCGAUUUUGGGUUCGCCAGAAUCAUAGGGGAGAAGUCUUUUAGAAGAUCCGUGGUCGGUACGCCGGCUUAUCUUGCUCCUGAAGUUCUUCGCAACAAAGGAUACAAUCGCUCGCUGGACAUGUGGUCGGUGGGUGUGAUCAUAUACGUGUCGCUGUCGGGCACCUUCCCCUUCAACGAGGACGAAGACAUUAAUGAACAGAUACAGAAUGCUGCCUUCAUGUACCCGCCUACGCCGUGGAGGGAGAUCUCCGCUGAAGCGAUCGACCUGAUCAACAACUUGCUGCAAGUGAAGCAGCGCAAGCGGCUGUCGGUGGACAAGUCGGUGGCGCACGCCUGGCUGCAGACGCGCGGCGCCUGGCGCGACCUGCGCGCGCUCGAGGCCCGCGUGGGCCAGCGCUACCUCACGCACCCCAGCGACGACGCGCGCUGGGCCGAGCGCUGACUGCCCGGCCCGCGCCCCGCCCCACCCACGCUGCUAUUCCGUUCAAGAUAUUACUACGUUCCACGUUAUAUCUCCCCAUUGAUAACGUGAAUACAACAUUUGUAAUAUCUUACACAAAUACACGGCAAAUUUUUAUGUUUUAUAAGGAACAUUUUAUUGAUAUGUUUAAAUAGAGCCGACAAUAGGUCCAAUUAUAUUGUUAAUGCAAGAUUUGUAUUUUAUGAACGUUUUACUGAGAGAGUUAUGGUAUUUCGAUAAAAUCGACUCACUUAGUGCUGUCUUUCGAAGUACCAAUUAAUGAUGGUUGUCAAAUAACUGCAUUCCUUCAUAGUGAACCACUGUUUUGUUUUAGCUGUUUUAAUUUAUUUUUGCGGUUUUUAUACUUAGUUUAAUUUGAAUAUAAAUAUCAUAAUAACAUUACCGUUUGAAUAUGAUGUUGUGAAUAAUGAAUAUUAUUUUGAGUUAUUUACUUUUAAGUGUUAUAAAGAGAGCAUUUCAAAAUGUAUAACUGUCACAAAUAGACAAGCUAGAGAACUUAUAUUACUGUGCAUUGACAAUGUUCAGCAAUAAUGAUACAAGUAAUACUCCACAAGUCACAAUCAAUGGUAAUAAUAAUGAACGAAGCGCUUCCGUAAUUAGCAAGUUUACAAGUCCCAUGCAGCCUGUUUUCCUAAUAAUUUUGUACAUUAAAAUACUUCUUAAUGUACUAGUAAUACUAUCUAACUCACUUCUUAUCUUAAGCAAAUUCCUAGUCUGUAAGAAUGUGAACUCUAUCUUCUAAGUAAUAAGUAAACUUACGUUAGAAUAAUAAUUUUGCAGCUGUUUUGUACAGUGUACAAUGAUUUAUGUUAUUUAUUUACUUAACAAAUGUAGACACGAUAUUAGUACAGUUUGAUAAUGUUUGUCGAUAUCGUCCUCGUUACGCUAGCGUGCGGCAGAUGUUACUAUAAAUAAGUAUUAGUUAUAACUAUCGAACUCUCUACUUCAGGUAGUUUGUUAUUGUUCUCUAGCAUUCAUGCUCCCUGUAUGCUAAGCCUACAAAUCGACGGCCUAAGAGGUUUAUAGAACCUGAUAUAGAAUAGUCGUUAGGGAACGAUGACGUGUUGUUGCAUCUUUAAUAAUAUUAAUGUUGUACUAGUAAGUAACGGGUAUGGGACUGGUGAUGUGUGUGUUAGGUCAUAUGCGAUCAAAGUUAUACUUAAGUAUGCAGAUAUUUAUGUAUUUUAUGGGAUUAUUUACUCUAUUUUAAUAAACUGAACCACACCAACUAGACUAGUGCCAACAUUUUACAUUAAAACUUUUACAUAUGAUAUUUUGUAUAUAUUGUAUACCAUUUCAAUAAUAAUCAUUUAGAAAAUAUUUUAAAUCAAAAUGACAGUCUUCCCUGUUUUGUUACAAGUACACUCAAAUCUAAGUACAUGGAGUUAAUGUAAUUUAAAAAUGUUUGUCUUUUACUUCUAAUUUUGUACGGAGUAAUACUUAAUGUUGUUUAGCUCUCAUCACAUUUUCAUGUUAUAUUGGACAUGACAAAAAAUAUAAAUUAUAAAAAACAUUUUGAUAUUAGAAAUCGUACUGGUGGGAGGGAAGAAAGAUUGUCUAAAAAUAGAUUUGAAUAUUGUUAACUAACGUAACAGCGUUGGGGUUAUGGCCUGUUUCUUAAAAACGGGUAACUGGACAAUAUUUUACAUACUUUUCUGCCUCAACCGCCUUUCACUGUGUGUAGCCAUGUCCAUUUGAUUGUACAAGACACUUGUCACGUAAUUUUGCCGGGAUCUGACAAAAUCCAUGACAUCUGUCUUACUUGUGUGACGUCGAGUGUGCUAGGGAUAUGUGACAGAAGGGACCUAAGAUAAGGUAUACGUCGUCAGUAAGUGUGUUAAAUGUCACAAUAUUGUUGUACUGUUCUAAUCUGAGCCGUCAUUCCAAGAGAGAGCUAACUGGGUGAGUCUAUGACUACGCGAUAUUCCAUUGUUAUUAGGAUAAUGUAAGUUAUAGUAGCAAGAAUAAAGUGCAAAGUAUGGAAAGUUCCGAGUGUUAAACAUUUAAAUAAAAUUUGCAGAGUGAUUAUAUUCGACUAGACAAGUGAGUUUGUUUCUAUUAGUCGCAUAAUUUAUGGAAUAUUCCCAAAUAAAUAGUCCACUAGGCUCAUUCCCGUUCGCGCAUUUUACUUGAAACUGUGAUUUUUAUACAUUUAUUUUUAUAAACUUUACAAUAUUUUGCAAUACAAACUUCUGUUUUCUGUGAUCUCGUUGCGGCGUUCCGUUAAUUGCAGCUAGCUUGUGAAAUUAUUUAUAAAUAUAACUUUACUAUAUAUCUAGAUGUAUAUGUUGUCGAUGUUAUGUGUAAUGUGCUAAUCUUUGUCGUUAAUCUAAUUAUCUUCUUGUAUGUUGUUGUAUGAAUUCUGUUGACGACAAGUCGGUGUAGCAAUUUUCUAUUCAUAUGCUUAGCAUAAUGUAAAAGUACCUAAAGCUACAAGAUUUGAGCUAUAGUACCAUUUCUGGUAUUUUCACUGUCGUAUGAUUUUGAUUAUUAAAGCCACCUGCUAUCAACCACGGCCUACGAUCCAAAUUGUGAUGUACGGUUGCCACAUCGACCUGUCGCCUCCCACAUACUUGCGUACCGACGUAGCGGAAACAUUUUCCUAGAUGGCGCCACCUUUCAAGGUGCGUGUGAUUCGCUAUAACUUGAUGCGCAAGUUUGUUUACUAAACUAUACAUUUCAAUUGUCAAUUUUCACCUGUUAAUGAGUAGGUGCCUCUUGUAAAAGCUACUGUAUUAGUAUUACGAUUCUCGGAAUGUGCUUUUUAAAUAGUCCUGUUUUAAUUUUAGAACUGUUUUCCUAUGCAGUUAAAACUAUGAAUAUGUAUUUCUUGAAAAAUAAUAAUUAUUUAUAUUAUUUAAAGUCUUCCUUUUAAUAAAUGCACAAAAGUAAUAACGUUAAUGUAGAUAUAUUUUAUUUAAUAAAUUUUACUCAGAUGUAUAUUAUUUUGUAACUUGUGAAUUUUGGACCAAACCACAUGUUGUAAUCAUAUUAUUAUAGUGUAACAUAAUAUUUAUAUCAUUCAAGUUUUUUGGGAGCAAGUUUUAAAAAGAUCGGUUUGUGAAUCCGCGUACUGUCGUGCCAACUAAAAACUACUAGAAUAAAUAAAAGAAAAAGAUUAGGUCAAAACUCAUUCAACGCUUUAUUAAUAUUAAAUUACCGUACUUAUAAAUUAGCCAAGAAUUAUUCAGAAACUAGGUAUUUUAUUAUAAAAGUUGUACACCAUCUGGGGCUAAAUAUUACUGAUUAUGUGUCAAAUAUUGCUUAAUAUACAAUGGCCUUUGAGGAUUCCUCGUUUAUAAAAUGAGUAAGCACCUUUAGUAUCCGUUGUUUUCAGUAAACUUAUUUUGACGACUUUUCUAACUUUGAAAGUUAUCAAGCACCAUUGUUACAAAAGCUGUAUCGAUGUGGUAUUAUGUUGCUUCCAGUGUAAUACUAAGGGACAGCUUGUUGGGCGGUGUCAGUGCUCGCACGAGUAUGUUUACAUAGGAUAUGUAAAGUAAAAAGUCAUAUUUAGAGAACGCAAUGUGGUUACGAGAACAUUGUAAUGGUAGUGUAAUUGGUAACAAUGCAGUAGUACCAACGUGAACUAAUGUAGAUUCCGGAUAUUAAAUAAAUAACUACGACCAUAUUACAUUACCUACAUGUGAAAAUGUAUACAAUUCGUCGUUUCCUCAUACCUAAUGACUUGAUUCAAUACGUAUGUUGUAUAUUUGAAUUUUAAAUAAAUUUUGCACACUUUAUGAAGAAGCUACGGAGAGUUUCAUAAACGAGUCGCCCGGCCUAUGUAUCUAGGAAUAUAAAGACACAACCCACGUGCCCCGUGUUGAUGUUUUAGCAUAAGUAAGAGAUUAAUUAAUAUUUGACAGAUUUACAAAUUGUGUUAUUAUUAAUUAUUUAAAUAAUAAAUGCCGUUUUUAAUAUAA